ACCAGCGGCGCCUGCAUGAGACGCGCGGACCGUGGCGUCGCGUGUGGAGCCGCGCGCGGAUAUAGCGGCGUUGUGAACCGCCUGCGAGCGCAUACGGGAACGAGUCCGGGCCGCGUGAGGCUGCAGGGUCACCAAGCCUCCGCAGCGCCGACCGCGCCAGUACGCCCGCUGAGCUGCAUGUGACUCGCUCUGGGUCGCCGGGGCGGCAGGACGGUGUCGCACAUGCGUCAGGUGCUGACAGCGUCCGAGUGAGCGCGCCUCCUCGUCGGUGCCGGCGACGGCGGAAUGUCGACCAGCAGCAAGGGAGGUGAUGCCGGCGCGGCCGCCGGGGAGCCGGCUGGCACGGAGUACAGCUUCCGUGCGGAUGCCGACAAGGGGAACGUUGACGCUGGCGUGGAGAUGGCGAGCCAGCCGAGCCGCCAGACGCCCCGCCGCGCCGUAGGCCAAGAGGACAAUCGCGAGUCAACCACCCACUGCUGCCACAUCUUCUUGACGGUCCUUUCCUGGUUCCUGGUGGUCGUGUUCUUCCCGUUGUCGCUGUGCUUCACCAUCAAGGUGAUACAGGAGUUUGAGCGGGCCAUCAUCUUCCGUCUGGGCCGGCUGGUGGCUGGCGGCGCCCAGGGUCCCGGCCUGUUCUUCAUCCUGCCCUGCCUCGACUCGAUCAACGUCGUGGACCUGCGCGUCAUCUCGUUCGACGUGGCGCCGCAGGAGAUCCUGACCAAGGACCUGGUGACCGUCUCCGUCGACGCCGUCGUCUACUACCGCGUCUUCGAGCCGACCGCGUCGGUGACGAACGUCGAGAACUGCGGCAAUUCGACACGCCUCCUGGCGGCGACCACCCUGCGCACCGUUCUCGGCCAGUACUCGCUCGCCGACAUUCUCUCGCAGCGCGAGACGAUCGCGCACCUGAUGCAGAACACCCUGGACGAAGCCACUGACCCUUGGGGCGUCAAGGUCGAGCGGGUCGAGGUCAAGGACGUCCGUCUGCCACUGGAGCUGCAACGCGCCAUGGCGGCCGAGGCCGAGGCCAGCCGUGAAGCCAAGGCCAAAGUCAUCGCGGCGGAGGGCGAGAUGAAGGCGUCCCGGGCGCUGAAGGAUGCUGCCGAUGUGAUGGCUGAGAGCCCGAGCGCGCUGCAGCUGCGCUACCUGCAGACGCUCAACUCCAUCUCGGCGGAGAAGAACACCACCAUCAUCUUCCCCGUGCCCGUCGACAUCCUCAGCAGUCUCACCAAGCGCUCCUGAGAGGCCAGCGGAGUGUGUCGGAAAUUUGAGAGGGGGGGGGGGGAGGAUGGUGAGGGUGGCCCGUCGCCAGUGCCUUCGAGCUGUGACUGCAGACCGGGCCAGGGGCCCGAUCUGGCGUGUCAUGUGAGAUACUGCUUUGCACACAUCGCGAUGCUUCGUCACAGAUCUGAAACAGAUCUGAAUGACUGCGUCACGUCAUUGCAUUAAUGCGCGUGAGCCAUGGCCAUUGGUUAUUCGCUUGCUGUUUACAGAGCUGACAACUGUCGCCUCCCCUUAUUUUGCCCCCGACGCGACAGAGGAGCCAUGAAUGCCCCGAUUCACAUGCUUACGAAAAGCCCAAAGGCCCCAAUGUGCCGUUGUAGGGCAGACUAGUGAUAACAGAACCGAGCUCCGAUGCUUAUCUCAUUACUCCCGGCGCUUCAGCGUGUGUUGUGUUGAGUGCACUGUGCUGAUCUGUGGGGCUUUCUUGGGCCUUUUUAUUAACAUUUUCUUCAAUAAAACAUGCUAAAAUGUUAA